GUGGCGUGCUGAGCCCAGCGGAGCCUGGCCAUCGUCAUGGCCCUGCGGGUAGUGACGCGCGCUCUGGGCUCUCUGAGCCUCACGCCCCCGGCAGCCGCCGUCCCCAGCCCGAGCCUGCUCUCGGCCACCCAGGUAACAAAAAAUGCCCUCCUCCAGCUGCCCACUGCCUCGAUGUUGCUUCCCUGCCGCCCACUCCUUACCUCUGUGGCCCUUAGUGCCAAUUUUGUUUCCUGGAAGAGUCGUACCAAGUACACCAUCACACCAGUGAAGAUGAGGAAGUCUGGGGGCCGAGACCACACAGGCCGAAUCCAAGUGCAUGGUAUUGGCGGGGGCCACAAGCAACGCUAUCGUAUGAUUGACUUUCUGCGGUUCCGGCCUGAGCAGGCAACCAAGCCAGGACCCUUUGAGGAGAAGGUUGUCACUGUCCGCUAUGAUCCCUGUAGGUCAGCAGACAUAGCUCUGGUUGCUGGGGGCAGCCGGAAACGCUGGAUCAUUGCCACAGAAAACAUGCAGGCUGGAGAUAUAAUCCUGAACUCUGACCACAUAGGCCGAAUGGCAGUUGCUGCUCGGGAAGGAGAUGCACAUCCUCUUGGGGCCUUGCCUGUAGGGACCCUCAUCAACAACGUGGAGAGUGAGCCAGGCCGGGGAGCUCAGUAUAUCCGUGCCGCAGGGACAUGUGGUGUGCUGCUACGGAAGGUGAAUGGGACGGCCAUCAUCCAGCUGCCCUCUAAGAGGCAGAUGCAGGUGCUGGAUACGUGCAUAGCAACAGUAGGCCGAGUAUCCAACGUUGAUCAUAACAAACGGGUCAUCGGCAAGGCUGGGCGGAACCGCUGGCUGGGCAAGAGGCCUAACAGCGGGCUAUGGCACCGCAAGGGUGGCUGGGCUGGCCGAAAGAUUCGGCCGCUGCCCCCCAUGAAGAGUUACGUGAAGCUGCCCUCAGCUGCUGCCCAAAGCUGAUAUCCCUGGACGUUAAUAAAAUGGCCCCCCAUUUUUA